AUGGGGUUGAAGACCACCGAGUUCUUUGAAAACACCUCCUACGACUCAAAGAACAACAAGAUAUUUGUAUGCAACGAAUGCCUGGCGCACCUCUGUCUUUCCAACUUGGUUAUCUCUGACCAGUUCACAGGGGCCUCUGGCCACGCCUACUUGGUGGACAAGCUCAUUAACGUCCAGCCCGACGGACCCGACCAGGAAAAGCAGUUCCGAACAGGCGUCUACAUUGUCAACGACAUCCGCUGCUCCCAGUGCCGGACCCGUUUGGGCUGGUUUUACAAGAAGCUGGCAGCGUACGCAGAGGCAUACAAGGAGGGCAAAUACGUGGUGGAGAGAGCCUUCAUCAGAGAGGUGCCCAACCUCCUGCUGACAGCAUCGCUUCUCCAGCAGGCACGUCUGCUGCGCCGCCGCCGGUCUAGUGCCAACAGUGUGGCGUCUCUGGUGGACGACGAGUCACUGGUUGAUUCCUUUCGUAGAAGACGCUCGGACGAGUUUAAGUUUGGCACGGUUAAUAUCAAGAUCGAACUGGCUCGGCUAGUACCGGGCUCCCGUUCGCUGCACUUUCUGGCGGUCAAGGACGACUUUGACGAGCAUGACGAGGACCCUAAUGUGUUUGUCGAUGCCUAA